GCUCUUUGUACCAUUUAGGGAAAAAAAUAAGGUACAAAGACUCCAGUUAGAUAGAUAGGUUAGGGUACAUUGUCAUGUAUUAAUAAUAGUUUCUGAAUAACAUCAUUUCCAUAUAGUAGGUCAUAAAUAGAACUGAACUCGUGUCAAACAUGCAAAUGAACAGGAAGACUUUUGAGUUUGAGAGUGGAAACUGUUGCAUCUCAUCCUGUUCAAGACACUUACUACAACAGAUCUUGCAGGUGCUCAACAGGAAAUCUGGUGUCUUAUUUUCAGUCGAGCUGAAAGCCAUGAAACUCAUUCUGCGGUGGAUUUUUUGCUUCAGUUUAGGUUUUGUCGCUGAUUGCCAAGUGAAUCGUUAUGGAUUGAAAGGAAGCUCAAUCCGUCUGAGCAUCACUCCCAGAAAUCAGUCACUAACUAAUGUUGGGUGGCAACGAUUCAACAGGAAAGAGAUGCUCACAGACGCAAACGAAGUUUCCCCUCAUUUUAAGAAAAGAAUGAUCCUAAACGUCUCAGACUGGUCUUUGACCAUACACGACCUGGAGGAAAAUGACAGUGGACUGUAUGAAGCCCUUAAGAAGUGGGAGGUUGAACCUCUGGCUGCAUUCACACUUACAGUGGAGAGCACUGUCUCUAAGCCUGUAAUCAGAGUGGAUCAACAUGACUUUAAUUCGUCUGCUGAAGUGUGUCGGGCCGCAGUGAACUGUUCGGCUGAUGGCAGCUGGGCCACGUUUGACUGCCACCAAAAUAUCUGUACAAAGAUACGAUCCUCUCCAUUCUCCAUUAACAUCACUGUCACUGCACUGCACAGCAGCGGCAUCGAAUGCAACGUCAGCAACAACGUGAGCAAGAAUCAUUCUCAGACUCCCAUUACGUGCCAUGAAAAGCAGAAAAGUGAUUAUCGUUUUCUCCCAUCGCUCAUCUUCUGGAUCGUUGGCACCGUUUGUGGUGGUGUUUUGUUGGGUUUGGUUAUGGGUGGGAUUGUAGCAUUUGUCAAGAGAAGAAAAUGUUCAAAAGUUCAUCCACAGUCCAGUCGUGUUGUGAUUGAACAGCAUCAUGAAACAAUUUACUGCACCGUGGAAAAGCCGGCCACAUCCCAGACAUAUCCAGGAAACAACACUGUCAGCAACAAUGUAGAAACCAUCUACGACACUCCAUCACGACAUACCAAGGCUUGUCAAGUAGACAGUGUGGAGGUGAUGAGAGACAAUCAGGAGCAACAGCAAUCUGGACAAGACAGAACUAUUCAAGUAAAAGCUACAGUUCACCAGGCAGCAGAACCCGAUUCAGAUCCAAUAAACACUGUUUACUGCAAACUGGGAGAGAUAUGACACAAACACAUACUGUGCAUAUCUGAGACGUCAUUUCAGUGGAGAUUUAAAUGUAAUUUAAUAUAAAUUCUGUGUUUUUUUUUUUUUUUUUUACUAGUGAAUAGAUGGGUUUAAGCAUCAUUGAUGGAGACAAUACACACUGUAUGCUGCCUACUAUUUUGUGAAACAGUAUAUGCAAUACAUUCUUAAAAAUAAAUGUUCAAAAAUAUAUUCUUUUUUUGUAGUGAUGCAAUAGAAGGAACCUUUCAAAGGAACCUUUCAAAAAAAAAAAAAAAAAAAAAGAAACAUGUGGAAUGGAAAGAUUCUUCAUGGAAACAUCAAUCAUCAAUGAAAAUAAAGAACCUUUAUUUUUAAGAGUGCAUGCAAUGAUAUACAUUUUGAACAGUCCUAUAUUGUUGUCCUGUGACCUCACUGUGUAGCAUGUUUAAUCGAGUUGAGUCGUCAUCUCUGAAAAGUGUGUCAUUUUGCUUUUUGAAUUCCAAUUUUUUUAAAUAUGUCAUCAUUUGGAAAUGUUGAUGUUAAAAGUUACAGCACAUAUCAUGUCUAGUUCAUUCCUUACACUGGAAAUGAAAAGUCAAGUUGAGCGCAGUUACAUGAUUGUAGUAUUCUUUAUCUCAUACAUCCCUGUGGUUGCACUUUUUGAAGAAAACAUAAUCGUCUACUGUAUUACACGUUUUCUCGAUCACACUGAUGCUGAUGCAUGAAGUUUUUUUUUGGUGCACAGGUUUAAAUUAAUCUCAUUUGCUCAUAACAGUAUAUGAAUCUGUGCGGACAACUCAUAGUUAGGAAUGGAGAUGAAAUAUUGUAAUACUAAACAAUUUUAUUUUUGUAAAAACAAGGCAAUUUAACCAGUUUGACUUUAUUUCUGUCAUAUGUCUACAGACGGUUUUACUGAGAAUUAACAGAUGUUUAGAAUAAGUUUUAUUUAAUUUUUUUUUUUGAUUUUGACUGAUGUUUUUGUGUGUUGAAAUCAUAUUUAUGAUGGCAAGAAAACCAAGAAAAAAUCUGCUCAGGUGCGGAUAUUUAUGCAUUCAUUAUGAUCUUCAUUAUGCAGUGAUCUGAUUAACUCGGACUCAAAAAGUUCUAAUUAUAUCAGGGUUGUAGUUUUAUGGCAUCAAUUACAGAAACCCUACUACAGCUUGAGAUCCAGCAGUGCUGUGACAAUCAGAUAAAUUUAGACCAGGGUUCCUCAAAUCUUGCCCUGGAGGACCAAAGUCACCUGCCUGUGAUUUUUUAAUGAUCCCAAAGACAUUGAUUAGCAUGCUCGGGUGUGUUUGAUUAGGGUUAAAGCCAAACUCUGCAGGAAAGUGGAUCUUGUGGUCCAGAUUUGAGGAUCCCUGAUCUAGAUAAAGUGCACAGACAUCAAAAAUCGUAUGAAUCAACAGUGGUGACAGUCAAAUGAAAGACUUCCUGCUGCAGUGCAUGAUGGGAACCAAAAAAAAAAAAACCCUCAACCAUGAAUCCCAGCAUGCAGUUUGACAUGAAUAAAUUAUACAGAUUAAUUA